AUGCUGACUCUGACAGCAGCGCGACUGCUGACAUUGACGCUCGUCACUGCAAUCUCAGAAUCAGGGGAGUCAGGGGUGGAUACUGCUGACCUGCCUGACUUGUUCCUCAUCCAGGUUACUGCACAAACGUUUAAUGCAAGUGGAGUCAAACAUACGCUUGAUGCUGCCAAUCAGACGCGCCCGGCUGUUGGUCCGAAUCUGCUGAGUUUCGGCCAGAAUCGCACGCGGCCGGGUCAUCGGCAAAAUCGGAACAGUACCAAGAAGGAUGCUGAUGGAAGCCAGAUUGUCCAGGACCAACUUGGAGUGAAGGCCAAUAGCGCGACAGAUUCAGAGGCCUUGCGAGCUUCGUUGUUCUUCAACGUAGGCUUGAUUUGUGCCUACCUGGCACUGUUCGUGGUAUUUCAACGGUGGAAGCCGGUGGUAUUUCUGCACAACACGGCAAUACAAAAAGCGCCUGAGCCUUAUCCAUCGUGGUUUGGGAUGUGGUUGAGCUCAGAGGAGGUGGAAGAGCAUGCAGGCCUGGACAGUGCACUGAUGGUGGAGUUCUGCAACCUGGGCAUGAAAAUCUGCGUAUACUUGGGACUUCCUCUCACCGCAGUCUGCCUCCCCGUGUAUUAUGUCAUGGGAAAGAAUCCUGGUCCAAAUGCAAGUACCUGCACAAGCGCCGUGCAGUUUGUCCCCAGGAGCUCGCUGGACCUUUUUAGCAUCAGCUCUUUAAGGUGCAACGGGCUGGCAAUGCGCUGGGUUUUGGCUGCUUCCACAUGGAUUGUGGUUUGGGCUGUGCAGCGCCUCCUUCGGCAGGCACACAAGAAGUUUGUGGAGAGACGCGUGGCGUGGUUGCAGCAGCGUCCGAAGCCACAGUCCUCCACUAUUUUGGUCACCAACAUCCCUCCAAGUUAUAGAUCUGAUACCAAGCUGAAGGAAUACUUUGACUAUCUUUUUCCUGGCGGAAUAGUCGAAAAAGUGUAUAUCGUGAAGAAGCUCUCGAACUUGGCGGACCUGCUCUAUGAGUUCUCAAUAGCUGAGCAGCGACUGCACGAGUCGCAGUAUCUGUGGCUCAAGGCGGACAAGGACCCACAGAAGAGACCAACAAUCAGAGUUCUUCAAGAUGCGGAGGCCGUAGACAGCAUCGACCACUACACAAAGCUUGUGGAACAUCUGCAGCGUCACAUAGAGGGCGAGCGGUCCCAGAUCAAGCAAGCCGACAGCUUCGAUGAGGCAGAGUACAGUGGAAGCGCUGCCUUUGUGACGUUCAGGGCUUCCCGCGACGCGGAGAUGGCCCUGAGAUUGCGGCUGGAACCAGAAGGCCAUCUCUUCACCAUGGAGUACCCUCCCGUGCCGAAGGACGUCUCCUACGACGACCUUCUCCGAAGUCCUUUCCAAAGGCAGAUGUUGUAUCUGCUGGGGUAUGUGCUGAUCUUCAUGGUGUUCCUCUUCUUUUUCCCGCUCAUUGGCGCAGCAUCGUCCAUUGUCAACUUGGAGAACCUGGAGCGCAUAGAUUUCGUAAACCGCAUCAUCACGAAGUCCACGUGGGCCCAAUCUGUUAUGGAGGGAAUCUUUGCGACGCUGCUGCUUUCUGUGUUUAUGGCUUUCUUGCCAACGACUCUCCAUGUGAUUAUUGGCAACACCUUCACCUUCAAUUCCAAAGCUGAGAGCCAACUGUUUCUACAGCAGUGGUAUUAUUGGUUUCAGGUGAUUUUCGUUCUUCUGGUUACCGCAAUCGGAAGUUCGCUGUGGCAGCGAUUUCGAGAUGUACUGACAUCGCCGACCUCAGUGGUGCUUGACUUAGCUGGCAGUUUGCCGAACACUUCCACAUUUUACAUGAGCUACAUCAUCCUGCAGUGGUCCGUAUCUGUCUUGAACAUUCUGCGUUAUCAGAACUUGCUCAAAUUUCUUGCCUGGGCGGCCGUCAGCGAGGAUGCACGCGCCAAAGAACUCUCGGAGCCGGAGGAUCCAGAUUAUUACGGCAUCGGCUCGCGGAGUGCGCGGCUGAACGUGGUUUUGGCCAUUUCCUUGGUCUUCAGCCUCGUGGCACCCAUCGCCCUAUGGAUCGGCUUCGUGUACUUCUUGAUCAACCGCCUCGUCUUCAGCUACCUUGUUGUGUUUGCAGAGACGCAGAAGCCAGACCUGGGGGGGUACUUCUGGGCUCAGCAGCUGCGUCACGCGCAGCUCACGCUCCCCAUCUUCGUUGUGGUGAUGAGCGGAUGUCUCUGGACAGAGCCGUAUGGAGGACCUGGCAUUCUGGCACUGCUCAGCCUGACAAUGUGGGGCUUUGAAUACUCGCGAUGGGCCGACAUCCUUUGGGAAACGCUGUCCUUCAGAGCGGUGGUUGAGGGAUCCGAGAAGGGCUCCCUCACAUCGGACGAGGUCUACGUGCAACCUGAGCUCACGCGGAAGUUGCAUAUCACAUCCAUGGCAUCUUCCGCAGCUGGGUAG